GCUGGGACUGGCUGGAUGGAGAGCGGACCCAAAAAAAUGUAAGCUUGGGAUUCCUUUCGCUUCUGCAGCGGGGCCUGGGGCGCCCUGCGAUUUUUGGCUGGCGGGAGGGUUCCAGCUGCCGCGGGGGACUUUGAGAGGGCGGGCGGAUAAAACCCCCUCGGGAGGCGUUCGGGGCAGGAAUUCUGCGCUGUUCCUCGCCGUGCCGGUGCAGGUCGAGGCUCCCGUGCCCGUGCGGAGCAGCUCUCGGUGCCAGCGCUGCUGCUUCGCCCCCAAAAAGGGCCGGCUCCUUGCCCCGCAUCCGCGUGUUUUCCGUGUCCUGCGGCUCCGAGGGGCGGAGGGGACGCGCUCCCCACAGCCUGGCAACAGCGUGCGUGUAGUAACCGAGGCUGGAGUGUAACUAUGUUGGAGUAACCGGCACAUUCCAGUGCCGGCCCCGCUUCCCGGCGGCGGGCAGGGAAGGGCUGGUGGGAACGGCUGCGCAGGCUGAGUCAGUCCAGCAGAUUCUAAAUUUCGGCUUGCACAGCAAUGCUGCACACUGCAGAGAGGAGAAGCUGCGUGCUGCUAACAAGGACAUGGUCAGAGUGCCACCUCUGCUCGCUGCAAGCCACAGGGUAAAUAGGAAGAACCAAACAAUGGACACUCAGUUGUUUUCCCCAUUAUUAGGAGCAGUUCCCAAUUCCCCCCCACCCCUGGAAUCAUCCCGGCUGUGCAGCGACUGGUCGGGAUGUGGGGAGGAGAUGGGCUCCGAAACUUCCUUCCAGGACUGCACAAAGAAAAGGGCACCAAUUAAUCUUUCUUAUUCUGGCAGCGGCCCUGAUAUGUUUGGGCUGGUGUCAAGCAUUUUAGAGGAGCCAAACAAGCCUGAACCGGUCACAGAUUGGAACUCUCUUUCAAGGUUGUUUCCCCCCCUGUGGGCACCUGAUCUUGGAAGCAACGGGAGAUUCCUGGCGAAGCACCCUCAGGAAAGCAAGGAUUUCCCAAACCUGAUGGGGAGGACGCAGAGCUGCCCCCAGGAGCAGCUGCAGAAGCCUCCAGAUGUGCAGAUGUUGCCCAGAGGUUUGGGAGAUCUCCAGCUCAUCGAGUCUUGGCUUCCUCAGCCUCCUGGCAGCGUCCUGAGGAGCAGCUACCCUGAAAAUUCCUGCUUCCAAAAUAAUAACAAUAACAGGGUUCCCCAGGAAGGGUUUUCCUUUCACGGGGUGAACUUUAAUCAGCACCUGGGCAGCUUCGACCACGGGAGGCUCAGUGGGGACUGUGAGAAAUCUGGCUCCAAUUUUGGCCCUUUUCCUUCCCCGAGCAGACUGAAAGAAGGCACUCAUGCUCAGAAGGAGUACUGGAAAAGUGAAAGGGCAAGAGGAAAAGCCCUGAAAAAUUAUGCUCAAGAACAAGCUAAGUGUUCCCCUGAUCUUUCCCAUCAGCCCUUUGAUAACUCCUGGGAUAAAGUAUCCCAGGACAACCACUGGCUUUCUAAAAGGUAUGAAAGUGUUGCAGCUGCCCACAAACUGCAGUCAGCUCUCCAUCCAUCUCUGUAUUUUUUCAACCAAGCCCCUAAUGAAAACAAAUUCCCUGGAGAAACAGCCAGAAAACCCCAGGAAACUCACGUGCAGAACGGCCACCGUGGCUUUCCUUUGGGGAAUGCUUUUAGUAGUAAUGGAUGUAAGAUUAACGUUGGCCCCAAAGAGCUCUCUCCUGAAGUGGCUGAGUGUGAUUUAUCUGUGAAAAACCUUGUGCAGAAUGGGAGUUACCCAUCAUACCGUGGGUGUGCGUGGCUGGAUGGGAAAGGUCUGGCAGCUGGAUUGGAUAUUCCGUGUGGGAAACGGGUCACAAGUCCGCAGUCGUCCUCAGGGGUCUCAACCAUGUCUGGGGGUUCUCCCACCCACCAGUCCCCUUACUACUCACAGCUCCUACCUGUCCUCCCUCCCAGGAAAGAUGGAAGGUUACAAACAUCCAAUGGUUUUUCCAAUAAUCUGGGGCUUUCUAACUUCACCUCAGAAAUCCAGAAACAAAUGAAACCCGCUGGGCAAUCCCAGCCGGAUUCCUUGACUAAUAAGGAGGGGCCAUACCAUAAAUUCCCUGUUCAUUCCUCAUCUGACUGGUUAAUGCAGCAGAAGGUUGGAAGUGAAGACCCCGAGAAAUACCACAGGUUUCCAAAAAAGCAGACCCAGGAGAACUGCAACAAGGAUGAGAGAAGAGGCAGAAGGAGUUGGAUUCCUCAUCUGGGAUGUGCCGCCCCAAACCGCCCUCCCUUCAAUAUGUUCCCAAAAAAUCACGAGCAGAACGGUGGUGGCCUGUCAGACUUCAUCAAUCCUUCCUUUCUUCCUUCAUUCCCCUUCGUGUCUGAUUUGAAGCAGAAUCCCAGCCUGCCUCUGCUCAAUCCCCAUCUGCUUCCACCAGCGAAUAACUUGGGUUUUCCCCCGUCGCCGUUUCCGUUCUCGGAACUUGUUGACCUUUUUCACCGCGAUGACUUUAACCCCUUGAGCCCUUUCCUCAAUGACUUGUUCUGUGGGGAAGUGGCUGCUCCCUGCUUUGCCUUCCCAACCCCCUGGAACAAGUACAGACCCCCGAGGAACCGCAGUGGAGCUGCCAAUGAGCUGCACGUCCGACUGGAGGAGUGUUACGAGCAGUGGAGAGCUCUGGAGAAGGAGAGGAAGAAGACUGAGGCUGACCUUGCGAGACACUUCCCGGGGAAGAGCAUCUCCAGCUGCAGCAACGCCCCCGUGUCCCGCCUCCCUGCCAACCCCUCGCGGGUGGAUCGUCUGAUUGUCGACCAGUGGCGGGAACACGCCAGGGUGGUGACGUUGAUAGGGACGAUGGAGAGGCUUCGCGGCGCCCCCGUGCACGGGAACAUCCCCGCGGCCCUGGAGCGCCACGGGGGAGCCAUCCACGGAACGCGGGCCCGGCGGGAGGAUGAGAUUGUUAACGCCGCCAAUGCCCCGAGACAAGGAGUGCCACGCUCCACUCACGACAAAGAUGUCCUGGCUCUGGCAGCUGCCAUCGGGGCCCUGGCUGGUGCCACGCGCCGGGCUCGCACCGCGCUCUGGUGCGCGGCACAGAUGACUCUGCCGAAAAACCCUCCAGGUGGGCUGGAGAGACCAGAUGCUGCUCAAAGGGCAUUGCAGGAGCUUCCUCCUCCAAGCACACAAGAAAAAGGCAGCGUGGAGCAAGAAAAGCCCGAGGAACCCCCGAAGAUCAUCGUGGAAUAAUGAGAAAUAAUAGUAGCAAUAGAGAGGGAGAGGCUGAGGACAGGGAGGGAAGGGCUCAGGGUCCUGCACAGCACCGUGGAAAGGGGGGUUUUGGUGGGAUGUGAGGAAGCAAAAGGGUUCAUUAAUGUGCCUGGUCAGUGCUGCAGUUCUGUUACUGUGAUUCUGGUGUUGAGAGACGCUUCCCGUGGCAGUGUUAAUGCAGUUUUGAUAUUGCUGGUAUUGCAGUAGGAAUCUUGGUGAUAGGAGGAACUAAACAACAGCUGAGCAUUGCCUUGUGUGCUUUUCCAUCACCUGACAUACCAGAGAGUGUGGCAGAACUUAAUUCUCCUUUUUUUUUUUUUUUUGUUAAUGAGAUAAUUUAGCACUCUUAAAGGUACUUAAUAAAUUAUUCAGGGUUUUGUGGGGGUUUUUUUGGUUUGCACCAUAACAUAGUUCUUUCAAGAGCCAAAGUGAUCACUAAGUAGUUUGCAUCCCAUCACUCUGCCAGGAGCAGUGCACACUCCUGUGUUUUUGGGAAUCAGGUCAGCCAGAUUAUCACUAUUUUGACAGGAAUAAUCAGUGUUUAACGUGGUCUGUGUGAGAUGCUGCAGCAGCUGUGCUGCCAGUUCAGCUUCUGGCAACCCCAGUGUGACCUGAGCUUUCCUGUAGCACAGUCCACUUCAAUUUUUUUCCAUUAAAAAAAGGGUUUUGUAGCUUUGCAAUGUGUUCUGCAUUGGAGUACACAUCAGCAGGUGAUAGCAAACAGUCACUCAGGAUUAGAAAUUUAGAUGUAUUGUUUCCUCAGUGGGUUAAAAACCAGUAACUAUAUAACAUAGUAUGCACUUAUAUUAAUAACAAACAAUAAUUUUUUAAAUUAAGUUCAUGGUACUAUGAUUUUUUUUUUCCAGACACAUUCCGUAUUUAUUUUAAUGUGUUCAUUGAAUGUUUAUUUAAAAUUCUAUUUUGGUAAUAUAAAGUUUAAAUAUUUUUGCCAAAUCUUCUGAAUAAUCAGAUUUAACA